CCAGACGAACCAGCUUUCAGCUGCCGCAUACAAGACUAAAUGGCACAGACAGCAGUGAGGCUGCGAUGCCUGGUCAUGUUAGGGAGCAAGGAACAUGAAGAUAGCGGCGGUAACCUUAUGAAGUUUCACAACAAUGAAUUCUAUACUGCAAUUAUGGAUGAAGACUUGGGAUGUAUAGAAGACAUGUCAAGGAAGUAUGGGAGCAACUUCCUCAUCAAGAUACAAGACGGUGCACAAGACGUUUUUUGGAAGGGACUUGCCAUACUUCCCCUUCACCUGGCUGCCUCUUACAGAAGAGUAAAGAGCAUGCAGAGCCUGCUGUCAGCAGGGGCAGACCCUGAAAUGAGAGACCAGCUCGGCCGAACCACUCUGCACUUAGUGAUAACCAGCUGGCCGAGCAUCCUGAGCAAACCAGGUUCCAAGAUCCAGACUGCUGUGAUGGGCUUGUGUAGGCAGGCGGAGGCCUGUCUACAGCUCCUCUGUGAGCACGGUGUUAACGUCAAUGCAAAGGUGGAGGAGAAGAGUCACCAGACAGCUCUCCACCUAUCAGUACGCUACAGGGCUCUGUCUGCUGUCAAAAUUCUCUCCAGCUAUGGUGCUGAUGUUAAUGCUGUGGACGACAGCGGGAUGACGCCCCUGCAUAUGGCAGCUGGAAUCCUCCAUAAGGACAUUAUAGCCACCUUGAUCAAGGAGGGAGCAGAUAUCAACAUGGGGGUGAAGCACUCUGGGAACACUCCUCUGCACCUGUCUGCUGUGGCAAUGGCUAUGAAGUCCACUAAAACCCUAGAGGACAACGUUAGCUGCAUCUCUGAGCUGCUUCAGCAGGGGGCCGAGGCCGACGCUGUGAACAACGCUGGGAUGACACCUUUACAGGAGGCAUGCAGCAUGGGCAACAAGCAGCUGGUGGACCUGCUGCUCAGUUACGGAGCCAAUAUCAAUAAGCUGAGCAACGCAGGGGAGAACUGUCUGUUCCUGUUCCUGAACCACAGGUCUAAUGUAAGGAACAGCUCUCUGCUGGUGAAACUCCUCAGUCUGACCUCCCCACUCACAGUCUACAACCAGAGAGGCCACCUACCCUCUACCUUGACACUACCAUGUUUCUUCAGACAGAGAGACCAGCUACUAAAACUCAUUCAGCAGCCAAAGAGGCUUCAGGAUAUUUGCAAGCGUGAUAUUUAUCUAAAACACGUCCAAGACAAGACACAAGUGUUGAGAAGAAUACUGCCUGAGAGACUAUAUGCCUUUGUAGUCAACUACUGGGAGAAUUUACACAUUUCCUUUGUGACAGAUAGUGAACAGGACUCUUUUAAUAACUUAUCUGACAUUGCUCCUAUGGCCAUUUAACACCCAUGUGUCAAUGCAAACUGCACCUGACUGUAAUAAGCAAUUGCAAUAAGCUACAGAGACAACACAUCUGAUCAAACAAAGCACCUUACCUUCAGGUCUCUGUGAAUGAUUCCCCUGGAGUGAAUAUACGCUACUCCUUCAAGUAUCUUUCUCAGCAGGCCGAGUGUGCGUUCAGGAUCAACACAUCCAUAAGGGCCUGAAAAUACAAAAAUAUAUUUAUUUACCACAAGUAUACUUUUAUAACUCAGAACAGGUGUGAA